GGGCAGUUGGUAUUUGGACUGUCAGGAAGGCAUUACCACCUCGCUUCAGACGCGGGAUUUCCGCUGGUUGCUUUCGGUCAUUUCAUCUCUAUUCUGCACUCGGUCCCUUGCUCUGUCGCGGGGCCCCUGUUUUCCUGUAACCACUUGGAGCCAAUCAAGAAGAGCGAAUACGCCCGCCCGCUCUCAAUUUCUGUGGCUCUGCUGCCUGCCAACCGCAAAGCCGAUCGAGACGGAGCCGCUGUCAGCUCUUUAACCCGGCUCAGCCGAUCGGUUGCCGCCGCCGCCGCCGCGGGAUUCCGGAGGCGAAGAACGCCGAGCGGAGAACAUGGACGUGAAUAUCGCCCCGCUCCGCGCCUGGGACGAUUUCUUCCCGGGCUCUGACCGCUUCGCCCGGCCAGACUUCAGGGACAUUUCCAAAUGGAACAACCGCGUGGUGAGCAACCUGCUCUAUUACCAGACCAACUACCUGGUGGUGGCUGCCAUGAUGAUUUCCGUCGUGGGGUUUCUGAGCCCCUUCAACAUGAUCCUUGGAGGAAUUGUGGUGGUGCUGGUAUUCACAGGGUUCGUGUGGGCAGCCCACAAUAAAGAUAUCCUCCGCCAGAUGAAGAAGCGAUACCCCACGGCGUUCGUCAUGGUGGUCAUGUUGGCUAGCUAUUUCCUUAUAUCCAUGUUUGGCGGAGUCAUGGUCUUUGUGUUUGGCAUCACUUUUCCUUUGCUGUUGAUGUUUAUCCAUGCCUCGUUGAGACUCCGGAACCUCAAGAACAAGCUGGAGAAUAAAAUGGAAGGAAUAGGAUUGAAGAGGACACCCAUGGGCAUUGUCCUGGAUGCCCUAGAACAGCAGGAAGAAAACAUCAGCAAAUUCACUGACUAUAUCAGCAAAGUGAAGGAAUAAACCUAGCUUAUCUGGUGAUAGGGUUGCAGCAGAAAUUGAGUUGCAGUUUGCCCUUGUCCAGACCUACUUUCUGCUUGUAUUUUUUAAAUAGGAGGUGCACGUACCACCCAACUAUCUAUGGCAGCAUGUAUGUAUAGGCCAAAGUAUUGACAUCUCUGAUGUUACAGAGAGAAGGCCUCAGAAACUGAAAGAAAACCACUCUCCUAUUGUGUCUGAAGUUUCAAGUGUGUUUAUGAAAUCUAAUGGGAAAUGGAUCAUACGUAUUUCUUUAGGGUAAUAAAAGAAAAUAAAAGAAUUGUGGGUUCUACAGCAACAAUACUGUUAUCUUGUAGGAAAAAAUGAGUAAAUGAACAGGUUGUUAAAGUAGGUAAUGUCAUGAGUUAGCCUGUUUCUAAUCCCCUCCAGCAUCCCCCUCCAAAAAUAUCCCUUAGGAUUGUAAUAUGUGGGGUAUAAAUUAGUUUAGUUUUUAUUAUUACUCUUUUAAAAUCAAAGAUGAUCUUUCUCACUUUGCCGACUGUUUGAUGUGCAGUGGAAACUGGAUAAACCAGUUGUUUAUACUUUGUUUACACAUAAAAAGAUAGCUGUUUAGAAUAUUUUGUUAAAUUUUUGUAAAUUUUUGAAAUGCUAGUAAUGUGUUUUCACCAGCAGGUAUUUGUUGCAAACUUAAAUGUCAUUUUCCUUAAGAAGGUUACAGCUAUGUAACCUAUAUUAUUCUUGACAGACUUGUUAAAAAACCACCAGACAAAAAAAUAAAACAAAACUUGAGUUCUAUUUAUAUUGCACAUUUUUUGUUACAAUGAAAAAAAAAUGUACAAGAUAAUGUUUCCCAUUUUUUUAUUGUUUAAUUUUUAACUGGAACAUUUAGAAAGAAGGAAAUGAAUGUGCAUUUUAAUUCCUUCGGGGCACAAAGAGGAUAAUAAUAGUUGAUUCUCUUAAAAUCUGAAAAGCAUCUUUAGAUGAGCAAGCAAAAAGACUUAAAAAUGAUAAUGAAAAUGGGAGUGAUCACUGGCUUUUGCAGUUCAUAAAAAUUGUAGGUAGCAACUGUUACAACCAUAUGCUUUUAUAGGCAGACAUUAGAAUUAAGAUAGCAUGAGUUUAUAUGUUGUUACUUUCGUCCCUUUAUUUCUCAUGUUUUUAGGAUUAGGUUAUAAAAAUGUUUUGCCUGCCAGUUGAGUGAUGUCAUAGAUGAACUAGAACACAUUUAGGUUUCCCCAGCAUUGAAUUGUGAAGAUAAUUGCAAUGUACUCGCUGAGGAACUCUGUAUGUCCUAGAAUAAGAAGCAACAGCUUAUGCUCCUUCUGAUUUUUCUUGCUUAAUUUCUCAGCCAAAGUACAGCCUUCAUUUUUAGCACAGUGAUAUCACCGUGACUUCACAGACAUGGUCUAGAGUCUGUACCCUUACCCAAAUAUGAAGAAUAAAAUUUAUUAAAGGUU